AUGCAGGUGUUUGGAUCGGGAGCCCAAGCGUGUGUUCUUGUAUUUUCUACCACGGAUAGAGAAUCGUUUGAAGCAGUAUCCAGUUGGAGAGAGAAAGUAGUUGCUGAAGUUGGCUAUAUACCAACAGUUCUCGUUCAAAAUAAAAUUGAUCUGCUAGAUGACACAGUUGUUAAAAAUGAAGAAGCAGAAGGCUUGGCAAAAAAAUUAAAACUGAGAUUUUACCGGACCUCUGUGAAGGAGGAUCUAAAUGUGACUGAAGUUUUUAAAUAUUUAGCUGAUAAAUAUCUUCAGAAACUUAAACAGCAAACAGCAGAAGAAAAUGAGCUAGUGCAUACAAGCAGUAACAAAAUUGGUGUAUUCAACACAGCUGGGGGCAGCCAUUCUGGGCAGAAAUCAAACACACUUAAUGGAGGUGGAGGGGAAGUCAUCAGCCUAAGGCCAAAUAAGCAGAGGACCAAGAAGAGCAAAAGCCCUUUCAGUAGUUGUGUUCUCCUUUAGAACUUAUGUAUUUAUGCGAUCAAAAUGGUUAUGAAUCGGGGACUACAGUGCAAUCCGUUAAGAAACAAAAAGAGGGACACGGUAACUUCUAAAAACACCAGCCAGUUUUAUAACUGAAUUGCAUCCUCUUGGGAUAAUACAAGAGAUGUGCUUUAUGAAGAAAAGUCAACAAAAACAAAAAAUGAUGACCUUUUAGGGAAUUAGGGGUAUUACAUUAAUUUAUUGAGGGUUUAUACAAUUUGUUGAAGGUUUGUUACAUGUAAUAAGGUACACUAUUAAAAAACAAUCUUUGGGCUUAGGUUAACCAUUUUAUUAAGAAAUGGGGGAAAAUCAUCCCUCAAAUAUGUUCAGAAGCAACAUAUAUGAUAGCAUGUUACUGGUGCAAUAUCAGCACAACUUACAAAAGUUAUCUCAGAUUACUGGGAAAAUAUUUAAGGUACUGAUAUUUUAUGAUCGUUUUAAACAGUUGAGGAUAACCUAAUGCUAAACUAAAAUAGUAGUUAACUUUUUUUAACAAUAAUUUUAAAUGCAAUUAGCUGGCGAGCUAUUUGUUGGCAUGUAUCCCAGUUAUGGGCAUAACCACCACAACUUUUUGAGUUAUGGGCAUAACCACCACAACUUUUUGUGCAUAGUGCCAAAAAAAAUCUAUAUUUUAUCCUUUGACACUAAGCUGCUAAUAUAACAUAUUUUUGGAUUUGAAUGUUCUUUUCUUGUUCUGCUACUUAAUUGUUGCUAUUUUCCACCAAUGUCAUGCCACAUUCAGUUCAGACCAUUACUAAUCAUUCUUGAUUAUAAAGGUCAAACAUUUAUAUCUGUCAAACGCAAGCCUUGCAUUGAUAGCCUUAGUAUACUUAUUUUAAAUAUUGCCUUUUUAUAUUAAGUUACAAUAGGAUGGUUUUAAAGCAGAGAACGAUUGAGAUGGCUUUUCCAUUAGAUUAUAUACAUUUCUUAUUUGCUAAAUCUAACGAGGGACCAGGGGAAUCCCCAACCACCCACGUUGAUUAGAGAUGAAAAAUAUUUUAUUCUCUGCUUAUUCAAGUAUAUAAAUAAAGCAGGUAAGAAAGCUGUGGUAUCUUAAUAUAGGUAUAUCAUAAAGGGUUGUAUAAAACAUUUUUAUGUAUAUUAAUAAAGACGUGAAAAUACUCAAAGCUAUGACUGACAAAUGAGAAACUUAAAUUAUUUUUCUAUUGUGAAAUAAGUGAGGUCCCAGGGGCUGUAUGUACUUUAAAUAGGAUUGCCUGAGACAAGAAGUAAUAGGCCCUAAUUGGUGAAUAAUACUGUAUGAUGUGUUAGCUCAGAUGAGCUCAGAAAGAAAAAUACCUUGGAGGUAGUUUUUCUUAAUAUAUUUUAUGCAUCUGAUGCCCAAGUUAUGUAUUGUUUAUUUUAUGUGAUGGCCCUUAACACAGGGGGACCACAUAUCAAUUUUCUAAAUUUAUGGCUAUAACAAACUAGUAAUAUUGCUAAAAAUGUCCAGGGGCACAGAUCCGGAUUUAGGUAAGGGUACAAUGUACCCUGUGUUUUCUUUUCUCCCCUCCAAAGGGCUCUUUUAAAGGGACAGUCUAGUCAAAAUUAAACUUUCAUGAUUCAGAUAGGGCAUGCUAUUUUAAACAACUUUCCAAUUUACUUUUAUCAUCAAAAAUUUGCUUUGUUCUUUUGGAAUUCUUUGUUGAAAGCUAAACCUAGGUAGGCUCAUAUGCUAAUUUCUAAGCCGUUAAAAGCUGCCUCUUAUCUCAGUUAAUUUUGUCCGUUUUCCACAGCUGGAUAUAGAUAACCUUGUGCUCACUCCUAUGGAGUUAUUUACAAGUCAGCACUGAUUGGCUAAAAUGCAAGUCUGUCAAAAGAACUGAUAAAGGGGGCAGUCUGCAGAGGCUUAGAUACAAGGUAAUCACAGAGGUAAAAAGUGUAUUAGUAAUGUCACAGUGUUGGUUAUGCAAAACUCGGGAAUGAGUAUUAAAGGGAUUAUCUAUCUUUUUAAACAAUACAAAUGCUGGAGUAGACUGUCCCUUUAAAGGGACAUUAAACACUUUGAGAUGGUAAUAUAAAAUGAUAAAUCGUAUAUAUAAAAAAACACUGCAAUAUAAUUUCAUUAUAUAUUUGUCCCCUUUUCCAUUAAUUCCAUUCUGAGCUUUCAGUUCCUGAUAGAAAUGGAAGUGCAGAGCACUGUUAUAUUCCACACAGCCAUUGGCUGAACACUCUGACCUAUUUAUAACUGUCCCUAAUUGGCCACAGCAGAGAAGGUAACCUAAGUUACAACAUGGCAGCUCCCAUUGUUUUAUAGACACUAAAACUUUACACUUAUUUUGUCAAUAUUUAAACAACUAAUGAAACUUUAAAAAAUACAUCUACAUUUUAUUCUUAGACUAAUCUUUUCUUUGAAUGCAUCAUUCUGUCUAGUAUUUAUUUAGUGUUUAAUGUCCCUUUAAGCUGUGGCCUUCCCAACUCACACAGUUUUAGUUCCUGAGGCCAUAAAAAACUAUGGUAAACAUUGUUCUAUUGUGCAGAGGACCACCAUUUAGCGAUCCCUUGUUUAUCUAAAUGUUUUUCAUCUGCUUCUGAUCUGGAAUUCACAGUAUACAUUUAAAAUAUACAAGUUAAUAUAUAUUUUAUUAAACUUUUAUAUAGGGAUAUUGGAUUGAUGUAUUUACCCUCAUACAUUACUUCUGUUUUUUAUUUUAAUAAAUGUUCUUCGGGGGCCAUAUCCAUUCCCAGCUAUUUUCAGUGGCAGCUCUUGUUUACAUGCUUGUAAAGGCAACAAGCACUUGAGUCUGCUGUCAUUAGUGGCUGAAGCACCAUGGCCUUACCUCUUGCUACCUGUUUGUAUAUUCCCCUAACGAAUUAGAAGAGAUGUGUUACGGUGGAUGUAUCACUUCAAUGUCCCAUGAAACUUUACAUAGCCGUUUCAUAUGUUUACUUAUUACUUCAUAUCCUAAAUUGCUACAGCUUUUUUAUUUUGCUUCUAUUUACUGAAUAGUAAUAUUUUGUUAUUUAAAGGGAUAUGAAACCCAUUUUUUUUCUUUCAUGAUUUAGAAAGUGCAUGCAAUUUUUAAAAACUUUCUAAUUUACUUAUAUUAUCUAAUUUGCUUCAUUCUCUUGAUAGUCUUUGCUGAAAAGCAUAUCUAGAUAUGCUCAGUAGCUGCUAAUUGGUAGAUGCACAUAAAUGCCUCAUGUGAUUGGCUCACCCAUGUGCAUUGCUAUUUCUUCAACAAAGGAUAUCUAAAGAAUGAAGCAAAUUAGAUAAUAGAAGUAAAUUGGAAUGUUAUUUAAAAUUGUAUUCUCUAUCUAAAUCAUGAAAGAAACUUUUGGGGUUUAGUGUCCCUUUAAUGACUUGCCUUAUUUUUAAUUCACUUUGUCAUUAAUACUCGUAAGUAGUUGAUCAAAUAUUUGUUAUUGAAAACAAUACCGGUUUAGAGAUUCUUUUGAUACAUUUGAUUACAAAUAAUAGUGGUAAAAAAAAGAUGUGUUUUAGUAAUUUCUGUGUAGUGAAUUUUGUAUUAGGUUUCCCUAGUCACUUUGAGGGAGUGGCGAAUAAAUUAAAUUAUAUGUAGGCAGGUACACACAUUUACAUUCUAUUGUGGCAGUGGGUACGUAUGAUACGGCAAUGUCAAAAGGUUAUAUUGGUGUUUAGGUGUCACGCAGAAAGAGCUGGGUAUUGUUUCCUUUAUUUUUUUUACAGUAGAUAGUAAUUUAAUAAUCAGUCCUAAUAAUUAAGGUUUGAGCAGAAUAUUGGGCAAAAUACUAAUGCCUAAAGUAAAGACAAACCUCAACUCAGGUGCACUUUACAAAACAUAUUUUAAGAAGGUUUAUCUUGAGCUGCAUGUUAAGGUUGGAUGUGCAAAGUACAUUUUUAAUACACGCACAACUUUUUGCAUGACCAUGAGAAGAAUUUUGUUUACUUUAUCCGGUACAUAAAAAGGGAACCAUGAUAGCAGUACAUCCUAUUAAAUGCACUAGAAAAUGUAGUGCAUGUAAUCGGAAUCUAGUUCAACUUCCGUUUCUUGAAUGAUUUGGCUCAAAAUCCAAGUCCAGUUGUCUGUGGAUUGAAAAUGUAAUUUUUGUUUAUCAUGUUGUAUAAAUAAACCAAUUUAGAAAAAAAAUGUCUCGCUGUCAACACUUCUCAUUUUUUGUUUCUCUUUUUUUUCAUAAAAUAAAUAAAAUAACUAUUUUACAUCCCUA